AAGUAGCAAAAAACACUACUGACAGUUUAAUGUUCAUAGGUAUUAUUUCAAUUGGUCACUGAAGAAGAGUAUUUAUCUUCAUUCAGCACUAAGGACAAAAUACAUGGACUUUUACAAUCUUUAUAAGGGGAAAGGUUGCUUAGUAGACUUCAGGUUUAAUGGUGAAGACUAGAAAAUAAUCAUACCUAGGAGGCUAGUAAGUAACAACCCUCAAAGCUUAUCAUUAAAGGUCAAGUACCUGUUGAAAUCCUGCCCCCACCCAAUGACUCUUCCCACUGUGCCUACUGCCUCUGAUUUUAACCCAUUAAAAGAAUAAAGCUGGAGAGAGCGAGAGUACGAAGUGCGGCAACCCGAGUCAUGGCAGGACAGGCAUUUAGAAAGUUUCUUCCCCUCUUUGACCGCGUAUUAGUUGAAAGAAGUGCACCCGAAGUUGUAACCAAAGGAGGCAUUAUGCUUCCAGAAAAAUCGCAAGGAAAAGUAUUGCAAGCAAUGGUAGUAGCUGUUGGAUCAGGCUCUAAAGGAAAGGGUGGAGAGAUUCAACCAGUUAGUGUGAAAGUUGGAGAUAAAGUUCUUCUCCCAGAAUAUGGAGGCACCAAAGUAGUUCUAGAUGACAAGGAUUAUUUCUUAUUUAGAGAUGGUGACAUUCUUGGAAACUAUGUCGACUAAAAUAAGUCACUAUUGAAAUGGCAUCACGUGAAGCUGCCUGUUCCCCCAAUGGCAUCACGUGAAGCUGCCACUGAAGUUCUGAAAUCUUUCAUCCUGUAAAUAAUUUCCGUGUUUCUUUUAUAAUAAAGUAAUGAUAUCCAAACUAAUGAUAUUCAGUGUCUCUGAAAUUUAGUUUUCUCUGUAUUGAUUUAAACAUUCCCAAAUAAAAGUAUAUAAAUGAA